AUGCAAUUCUCCUUCAUUUUUGCGAUUUUUGCGCUGUUUGUAGCUACGGCGGUGCGCGCGGAGAUUGAGUUGACUUACUUCGGGAUCAAGGGCCGAGGAGAGGCGAUCAGAUUGAUCCUUCAUUAUGCAAAUGUUCCAUUCAAGGAUACCCGAUUGAACAGUACGGAAUGGCUGAAAGUCAAGGGUGAUAAGAGUCGUAAGUUGAGUUUUUCUCUCUUCGCAUGCGCUUGGUCGCAUCGAAAAUCAUUUUUUGCAGCGACAAGCCAAUUUGUCGAUGUGCGACAGGCUUUUUAGGGUGUUGUGACGCCGGGGUAGCUAUCAGAGGGUGCUGAUUUCGGUAAGUUAGCAAAAAUUUCACCAUCAGUCUGUCAGGGAAAUAAUGAGCACUCCGCCGCAAUGAAAAUCGCGUCGCCGGCAGACAUUCCCGGUUGUUUUUAACUUACUAAAACUUGUUCAUGUCUAGUCGAAAAUUUGGGAAUUUCGGUAAAGGAAUUCGGAAAUUUUCGGAGCGACAAAGGGCUUAUUAUUUUCCCGACAGACUAAAAUAUACAUCAAAAUCUUCCUCAAAGCUUCAUAAAUUUAAUAAAUUCCCACCUUCGUUCUGCAAAUCCUCUUUUUCAGGCUUCCCCUACGCCGUAAUGCCCGUCCUCCGGGUGGGACAGCACUUGAUUGCCGAGACUCCUGUGAUUACUCGUUUCGUUGCGCGUAUGACCCGGCUGGACUACGGUUACGACGUGUUCGAGCAAGCUCGGCUGGAUGAGAUUUACACGGUUGGCUACGAAUUCUACGGCAAAAUAAUCAUUUACCUCUCGAUUUCCGCGGGGGCAAUCCCCGGGGAUAAGGUAAUCGUUUUGAGGAAAUUUGAUUUUUAGCGUUUUAAUAUCAGUCUGUCGGGAAAAUAGUGAGCGCUCUAUCGCUGCGCCAAUCACAUCGCUGAGGUGAAAAGCAAUUUGAUUUCAUCGCUACACAAUUCAUUUUCUCAGCGGCGUUGUGGUUUUCCAUGCGAUAGAGCGCUCAUUAUUUUCCCGACAAAAGAGUACUUGAAAGCGUGCAACGUAUUUUACUCGACGUUUUACUACUUUUUGUGAUCCACUUUCAGGACAACGAGUACAAAACGAAUGUAGUGCCAGCAGUCCAAAAAUACAUGCCACUAAUUGAGGAGCAUUUGAAAAGCAGUCAAAACGGGUUUUUCAGCCCUAGAGGCCUCUCGUAUGUCGACCUGUUUUGGGCCAGCGUCAUUGAUUGGAUGAAUGAUAUUAUGCCCAAUGAUUUGAAGCCGUAUCAAGCUUCAAUCGAGUUGAAAAACAAAGUCCUUGCGUUGCCUCAGCUACAAGAAUAUUUGAGAUCGAGGGACGAAAAGUAA